AUGCUCGAGGACCGCCGCCUCGCUGCAGAGCGGACUGUGGACGAAGCUGUGGCUGCUGGCGUGGCUGUCUCGACCGCCAUGCAGAAGCUGAAUGCUCUCAGCGAUGAAGCAACAGCAGCUGCGCAAGGCCUAGCAGAUCUUGCGACUCGCCAACCGCGUGCUUCGCUUUCCCUUACAGGUGCUGCCGCAACUUCGCUAGCUGCAGAUGCAGACCGUCUUCAAGCUCUCAGUGACGAGCUUGCAGUUGCAAAGGCAGAGGGUGCUGAAGCUGAGUUUCAGUCUUCGGACCUAGGCCGGAGAGUGCAGGAGGCGAAGUCUGUGAAAGCCAAAGCCUGGAUGGUUCUCCAGCAGUUGCGCAAGCAGGAAGCGGAGACGGAGAAGGUCGCUGCCAGUCACGACCCUCACUUGGAGGCAGUUGCCAGAUGUGCUUCUUCGGAAAAUGGCCACGUCUCGCUCGCGCACGAAGAGAUGCAGCGUGUACAGGCAGAGCUGCGCUCUGAACAGGAGGUCGUCGACUCCAGGAGAGCGCGAGCGGCCCUGUGCGAGACCGAAUGUGAGCUUCUGCAGGAAGAGCUGCGUGCCGCAGCAUCCAAAGCUGAAGCUGCUGUUGCGGAGGAGACGGGUCUGGCAGCAGAAGCUCAAGAAGAAGCCGCUGCGGUGCUGGAACUGGAAUCCGAAGCGGAGACGCUGCAGAUGCAGACUGCCGAUUCUGUUUCCGCAGCUCCAGUGAGAUCGACGAGCUCACAGUCCAAGGAGGGGACAGUGCCAGUCGCGAGAAACAGCAGCGCUGCAGAGGAGAACUGUCCAGAGCCAGAUGCACCAGAUGCAAAGGCGGACUUCUCUGCCAUGGUGAAGCGAUCCCGGGCCGCUGCAACGGGCUCCGCGGGUGGGACGGGCAAUAGGGCUGCCAAAGAUGUUGCAGCCACCAGAUUGCAGGCGAGACAGCGUGGAAUCAUGGCAAGGUCAAGACUGGCAUCCCUGCGGCAGUCUCGGUCUGCCGAGGCAGAGACACAGGAUCCCAGCUAUCAGCGGCCGCGUCAGCCUUUGCCACCUGCACGCCGAGAGGAGCGCGAGGCUGCGGUCAUCAAAUUGCAAGCCCUGGAACGUGGGGUCCUCGCUCGCUCGCGCGUGCAGCGCAUGAGGGAGUCGUCCGCUCGGAGCGCCAAGGACACAGGUGCAGCACCGGGUGUGGAUGCUUUGCAGGCCUCUGUGCAGCGUCGACAGCAGCAGUGCAGUUUCGCCCCCCAGCGAGAGAUUCCCACGCAGCUCUUGGGCCCGGGAGGUGCCGGUCGCGGCGCUUGGCCAGAGCGCACCCUGCUUGGAGCAGCCGCCACAGCUAUGGAGGCUGCUGCUAAAGAACAGAAGAACAGCGAAGAGAUCCACGCAAACGGUUCCUUCGCCUGCUGCAGCCUAAGCCCGUUGAAGAUUGAUUCAGUUCGCUGCCCUUGUUGGAGUAUGCUUUCUGGGGCGCAAGGUGUUAAUGGUUACUGGGCAGAUGUGCUGCCUCUGUGCUUGGGUGACACUUCGCCCGAGUCCCCGGGAGGCAGGGCGACCAGUGCCUUUGCAGGAUCCGCUUACGUGCACGUGCGUUUCUGCCGCUUUCUGUCUGUGCUGCCUCUGGGAGGAACCUGGCUGCAGCUUAAGAACACCGCUCGGGUGGUGCUCUUUCGACUCCGCAUGUCGUCCUGGAUCCCUGCAUCGGUUUACAAGGUCGACAUCUGCUCUGGAAGGACUCAAGCUGGUGCUCUGCUCGCGCCUUGUGAGCGCGUAAACUUGGCGACGCUGGUCACAAAGAACCUGUGGCCGUUGCUGCUGUUCAGCUUGCAGGCAGCAUUGUGUCCUCCAACUCUGCCACUGGAGCUUCCGGUUCUACUGCCGAAUCAGUCCUGGGCAGAGUGCAAUGGCAGGUUGUCACGAGCAGGUGACCGACUUCGCCUGGCUGGAAUAGCCACUGACUUUCGCUUGGAGCUUGUUAUAUCAGGGAUGGUGCGAGACGGUGAGCCGUGCUGGAUUUUGACGAGAUUUCGUCAAAUUGUUCUGCUGACUGGCACUCAGGCGAAGGAGCGGGCGAACAGCAAGAAGCAGUCCCCGCUCGCGGCACAGAGGCUGAACUGCUUCAACGAGAUCUGCUUUCAAUGUUCCAGGCUUUCGGUGGGCAGUCUGGACUUCAAGUUCCUAGCACUGCAUGGCGGUCUCCAAGCGGGCUUCCUCCAGAAGCAGCUUGGUUAUCUCAAGGAUUGGCUGCCAAGUUUGCAAGUGGCACUGCCCAAGGCGCCCUACAUCAUCAACAGCCACCUCGUGCCUGGGUGGACCUUGGAAACUGUGCCGGCAGUUCACCCAGACAGGAACCUGGCAUCGCUUCAGACGAUUCGGCAUCUGGGCGAAACUGCCAUCGCCCUCGCAAUUGCCAUUCCGGCAAGUUCCUGGAUGCUCUUGCUGAUCUUGUGCUUCGUGUUAUGGGACCUUUUCUGCGGGCAAAAAAGACCCUGGAGCUUCAUCAGCACGGCUCGAAGCGUGUGCAGAUUGGCUCUGCUGAUGCAAACCGCCGAAAUGGCUGCCUAUGCCGUGGCCAUUGCUUUGACUGUGUGGAUGGGCAUGGAUGUGGCUGACUGGGACUUGCUGCAGAGCCUCAUCUUCCAGAUCCUGGAUCCAGUUGCGGUGCUGCUUUUGGUUCCAAUCCUGACGUUUGUCCCCUCGGCUUUGGCAACCCUUCAGUUGCUGGGGGCCCCAGCGUCCCAGGGCCUGCCAGUGCGGAGCCGAAUUUGCUGCUGCCGCGUGAAGCGCCAGGCUUGGGCGCGGUUCUUUCUUCUCUGCAUGCUUGGGCAUGCUCUCGCCUGCUCGGCUGCGCUGUUUGGGGCUGUGCGCCUUCUGAGCACACUCAGGAUUGAUGCGCCGGGCUUUCAGCGAGCCGUGGAGAGGUGCCACUGGAACCUCGAAGAGCUUUGUCAGUCCAGUUCAUGGAGACAGGUUCCAGACACGCGCUGGGAUCUCCAUGUUCAAUGUGCCUUAGCAUGCUCUGACCAAACAGUGCCCAUGGAAGACGUCGUUUUGGGUGCGGCAUUCGUCGUCUGCAGGCUGCUGGCCGUCUCUGCAGCGUGGUCACUUCUUGCAAGACUUUGGUGCAUUCAGAUCGCUUGCAGAUUGCUGGUCCUGGCCGCAAAACUUGCCCGUGCUUCACGCGCAGCAAAGGAGGGCGCAGAUGCCGAGGAGGGUGAAGUGAGUGACCCCACCAAGACCGACGAGAUGCUCACACCAUCUGCUUUCGAGCAGGGGGUUUCUGAAGCUGUCGACAUAGCAAGUGCUCGCUCUCAGAAAGGGCCAGUGACGAAUCACAAUCCAACAGAUGGUGCACAUAGUGCGCGCAGUGCACGUAGUGCUCGCAGUGCACACACAGCUUUGUCUGAAGCUGGCGAAGCUUCGAAACUUCAGGUCCUUCAAGCAGUGAUGUCAUUGGAUCGCCCACCAUCACCUUCUGGAUCCGUGGUGAGCCUGGACUUGAGGCGUGAGGUGCAACGACCUUCAGCGGAAACACUGAGGGACAUGCUCGAGAACCCGAUCACGGACGGACAUGCAGAACUGGUUGACUUUGCCCGAACCAUCGCUCGGCAAUGCAGCCGGGACAGCAUCGCGUCCGAGGUGCCCGAGGUGCUUAAGGCUUUCAAGAAGUCGCGACAUCUCGCUGGCGAUUCUGCACCCAGGUCCUCACGAGCCUCCGUCACGGGGCAGGGGCCGAGCGUGGAGCUGCUGGAGGAACAGAUCCAGAUCCGCGAGCAGGAGUUGGAGCAUCGAGAGGCUGCAGCCAGCGAGGCUGAGGCCGCGCACUCCCACGAAAUGGCCCUCAUGGCCUCCUCUCUGCAUCGCCUGGGCAUGCGAUAUGGCAGGCUGCUGGGACAGUGCCAGGCACUGGAGGCCUUGGUUCCUGAGCGAGUGCGGCGCCUACGGGAAGACGGCACGCCGUCAUCGGAGCAAAAAGCUGACACGCGAUAG